ACGCUCAAAAGACAAGAGCAAGCACGGAACACCCAUCCCCGACUGUAGUUUGCCCGGCAAGCAAACAUCUCCGGCAGCCAUGGCGUCCACUGUAACAGCCGCCAAUAGCAGCCAUGGAAGCGCCCUGCGUACCCGUACCGCCUCCCCAAGGCCGGUCGCGGGCUGGAGCUGCAGACGCACGCUUUCCACGCCUGCACACCACCACCACGCGCGGCCGUCACCCAGAGCUCGGGUUGUCGCCGUCCGAGCCGCCGGCACUCAGCGGGCGACCUGGUUGCCCGGACUGGACCCGCCCCCAUACCUCGACGGCACACUACCAGGUGACUUCGGCUUCGACCCUCUGGGCCUCGGCGAGGAGCCCGAAGCCUUGAAGUGGUACGUUCAGGCCGAGCUCGUGCACUGCCGGUUCGCCAUGGCAGGGGUCGCCGGCAUCCUUUUCACUGACUUGCUCCGCGUAUCAGGGAACAGCGACCUCCCCGUGUGGUUCGAAGCAGGCGCGGCGAAAUUCGACUUCGCGAACACCACGGCGCUCUUCUUCGUCCAGCUCUUCUUGAUGGGGUUCGCUGAAACCAAGAGGUACAUGGACUUCAAAAAUCCAGGAUCGCAAGCAGAGGAAGGGACAUUCAUAGGGUUAGAGGCUGCACUCGCAGGUCAACAGCCAGGCUACCCCGGGGGUCCACUGUUCAAUCCACUAGGACUCGCAAAGGAUAUAGAGAAUGCUCAUGACGAGAAGCUCAAAGAAAUCAAGAACGGGAGGUUGGCAAUGGUAGCCAUGCUUGGCUUCAUGGUGCAAGCAUCCGUAACUCAUGCCGGCCCCAUCGACAAUCUCUUGACACACCUUUCGGACCCGUUCAACAAAAAUAUCAUUCACACAUUCUCCUCUUCCUAAGUACUCGUCCCAAUGCCCGGAUGCUAUGGCACAAAAAGGUCACAAUGUUUUUGAACACAACAGAACAACAUGAUUAUUGAUUUACGUCCUUCUCCCCACCGAAUAGGGGAAGGAAGGUUAGGGAAGCGUUCAAUCAAUUCAAUGAGAUAGUGUAAUCUAUAGCAAACUCAGAUACGCUAUGAUGUGAGAUGAAGCGUACUUCGUGCAAUCAAUAAGUUCCAUUUAUUCAUAUGGACAACAAAGUUCCUCUCUGAUCAUUUUGAAACAACAAUUCAUAUUAAUGAAAUAUAUCAAAGAUUUGUGUCGUUA